UCCUUUUCUUGAAAAAGAACUAUCCUAAUUCGUCUUGGACUCUUUGGGGCUUUUGCCGUCUUGAAAAUCAGUUUGUGCUAUUGGGAUUAGAAUACUGAUGAGAUGGUUCGUUGCGUCGAAACCCAAAUACAAAGUACACCGGAAUACUUCUGGGUGCUGCAUACCCUUCCUUGCAUUAUCAGUUACUACUUAAUUCUCACCUCGACAAAGCUCCAGAGGGUUUGGGGUUUUGCACCAGCUGAUGAAAGUUCCACUCUUCGGUGCACAUACAGCAGAAAGCACAGCCAAACAACUCUAUAGGCUCAACACUUCGCUGGCCAAGCUAACUCGCUCCCACCUCUACACAGAAUGCCUCCAGCUGUUCGUCCGAAUCCGCGGGACUCCUCCUCACUUGAAGCCCGACCACUACACUCUCUCCAGCGCCAUCACUGCCUGCGCCAAUGCUCGCGACGCCGCGCUGGGCGAGCAGCUUCACGCCCACGCCAUCCGGGCCGGCCUCAAAGCUUACCCGCACGUCGCGAACACCCUCCUUUCGCUCUACGCGAAAGCGGGAGAUGUGGGUUCUGUGAAAAGGGUGUUCGGGGAGAUUGAGAACCCGGAUGUGUACUCGUGGACGACGGUGAUGUCGGCUUGUACGAAGCUUGGGGAAGUUGACUAUGCCUGUGAGGCGUUUGAUGAAAUGCCUGACAGGGAUGUGGCAGUUUGGAAUGCCGUUAUUACUGGGUGUGCAGAUAAUGGGCAUGAAGAUAUUGCCUUUGCCAAGUUUAGGGAAAUGCAUGAACUGGGUGUUAGGCAUGAUAAUUAUAGUUUCGCUUGUGUGCUGAGCUUGUGUUCUUUGGAGCUGCUUGAGUUUGGGAGGCAGGUGCAUUGUUUAGUUACUAAGACGGGAUUUCUAAUAAAGGCCUCGGUUGUUAAUUCCCUGCUUACAAUGUACUUCGACAGCGAACGUGUUGGUGAUGCUUACAAAAUCUUUGGUGAUGCUGAAGUGCGCGAUGAAAUUACCUUUAAUGCGAUGAUAGAUGGUCUUGUGGGAAUAAGUAGAGAUGAGGAGGCUCUUUUGAUGUUCAGGGAAAUGCAAAGGUCUGGGCUUAGUCCUACUGAGCUCACCUUUGUAAGUCUCAUGAGUUCAUGUUCGUUUGAGAGAGAUGCUGUUCAAUUACAUGUUCAAGCUAUCAAAAGGGGUCUUGAAUCUUGUACUGCUGUUAUUAAUGCUGCAAUUACCAUGUAUUCUGGCUGUUGCAAUUUGGAGGCAGCUAAGACGGUUUUUAAUAGAUUGGAUAAGAAGGAUCUUGUGUCUUGGAAUGCCAUGAUCUCCAGCUAUGCUCAAUUAAACUUUGGUACAUCAGCGAUCUUGACCUUCCUACAAAUGGAAAGGCUUGGUUUCGAACCUGAUGAAUUUACUUUCGGAAGUUUGUUAACUAGCGCCGAGUCAACAGAAAUAGUGGAGAUGAUUCAUGCCCUUCUACACCAAAAGGGGCUCCUCUUGAAUAUUCAAGCUUCCAAUGCAUUAAAUUUGGCAUAUUCUAAGCAUGGGAAGAUGAUGCAUGCCUACCAAGUGUUUCGAGACAUAUCUUUAAAAAAUCUGAUCUCAUGGAAUACCCUAUUUUCUGGUUUGCUGUCAAAUGGUUUUCCAUUGCAGGGCUUACAAUGCUUUUCUGAGAUGUUUAUUUAUGAUCUUAAGCCGAAUGCAUGUACUCUUAGUACUGCUCUGGCCAUGUGUGCUACCCUCUGUUCCUUGGGACAUGCAAAACAGAUUCAUUGCUACAUCACCAGAAAUGCAUUUCUCUCAGAGGCUUCUUUGAGUAAUGGACUGAUCACAGCGUAUUCAAAAUGUGGAGUUCUGGACUCUUGCUUGAGAGUGUUUAAUAAGAUGCCCACGAGAGACACUGUAUCAUGGAAUGCCCUUAUCUCAGCUUUUGCUCAGCAUGGUAAAGGGAAGGAAGCAGUGAACUGUUUUGAGGCAAUGCGAGAUGAUUCUGAGUGUAAACCGGAUCUAGCUACUUUUACAGCGUUACUAUCUGCUUGCAGCCAUUCUGGUCUGGUUAGUGAUGGUACUCGCAUAUUUGACUCUAUGUUAAAUACAUAUGGCCUUACACCUCAAGAGGAACAUUUCUUAUGUAUGCUUGACCUUCUUGGUCGAGCCGGAUAUCUAGAUGAGGCUGAAACAGUAAUAAACAGUCAGCACUUUCGAGCACUUUCUAGCUCAUGGUGGACAUUGUUCAGUGCUUGUGCAUCUCAUAACAAUUUAAGGCUUGGAAGAGUUGUUUCCGAGUUGAUUCUAAAAAACGAGCCAGACAAUCCGUCGGUUUAUGUGCUUUUGUCAAAUAUAUAUGCAACUGCUGGUCAAUGGGAUGAGGCAGCGAAUGUGAGGAAGAUGUUGAAGAGCAAUGGGGUUGCAAAGCAGCGCGGUUGCAGCUGGAUCAGAUGUUAAUCCAGUUGAACAGUAGAUAUGCAUUAUCCUGGUAUUGGAAACAUUACAGACUUGAAAUGGGACGUUAAGCAAGAUCUGAGCUGGGAUAAAGUCUGAAAAUAUUUCCGGUUAUUAGACGACGACAUUUGCUGCUGUGCACCCUACUAAUAUGCAAUGCUGCUGCUAUGGAGUUGCAGGCACUGCCUGUCUUUCUUGAUAGUUCAGUGACCUUGAAACUUUUGUUUGGUGAGGUAUGUUUUCAUUCCGGGUAGCUUAUUUUAACUUGCAUUCAUGAGCAUGAGCCUCAUCUAGGAAUACGAUCUUUACUGCUCAUCCUAGCGAAACUCUGAUACAAUGCAACUUGUUAGGGAAUUACUGGAGAAAUGUACCCGUUACUCUGUUGCAGAUUAUACCCCAAGCAGUGUGUUCUGGCAAUUGGUGCAGCAGUGUCUCCAGUAGUCCAUGUUCUUGUCUUCAUCUGUUUUCAUGUUGCAUAAGCUUUUGGAUUUCCUUCUAGGAAAAGGACAGGAGGCUCUGUUUUGCCGUGCUGAGUUGAAAACACUUGUUGAUUUACAGGGUAACGAGGAAAAGGUGGCAAAGUUGCACGCAACAAGACGACUCUAAUUGCAGGAGCACUUGAACUCACUGAGAAAACUGCAAGAGAUGCGAUGACACCUAUAUCUGUAACUUUUGCCAUAGAUAUUAAUGCCAAACUUCAUAGGUAGCACAAUUUUUCAAUUAUACAAUAUAACAUGCAUGGCAUUUGUCUCACCUAUAUAGGGGAGGCAUUACUUGGUGUUAGUUGCAACGGUGCAGAGAUAUGCUCAAGUUGACUUUGGAGAAAGAACACAGCAGAAAUCCAGUAUAUUAUGAGCAAAAAAGAAAUACAAUUGGUCUUAUAUUCGUAAUUUCGAGUUAAUAUGAUGUCUACAACGCCA